UUAUAGCAAUAUAAUAUUGUGUGUGUGUGUGUGAGAGAGAGAGAGAGAGAGAGAGAGAGAGAGAGAGAGAGAGAUUUAAAAUAAAGAAAGCAUGGGAAUGGGAUUGAUAACAAAGAGCAAGAGCAGCAAUAGUAGUGAAGGCUGGGGAAUGGGUUUCCUCUUAGUUUUCUUCCCGGAGGAACACCACCACCAAAAUCAAGAACAAGAAACCACCCCCACCGCCGCCGCCGCCGCCGCCACCACCAACAAAAAACCCAACAAUUUCAAUCUUUUCCCAAACUCAUCAUCACCACUCAGGCGCAACAAUUCGAACCACCACCUCCUAAACAAAGCCCAAUCCACAAUCUCCAUCUGCUUGCUCCUCCUCUUCACAACCCUACUCCUCUUCACCCUCUCCACCCUACCCUCCUCCGCCGCCACCACCGCCGCCGCCGCCCGCCGCCAUCUCUACAGAAUCCCCAGGAGGCACCUCUCUUCACGACCCGAUGAACCCUCUUCUUUACUAUCUUCCUCUUCGGGUUCAAAUUUAUCGCAUGCAUUACAAGGAAUGGGCAACUUAUACAGAAGAGGAAGCAGAGCAAUGAGCGAACUCGUGGUGGCUCAUGCAACUGAGUCGCUCACACCCAACGAGUUGAAACUGUUCCUCAGGCUCUUCCACCGAUCCACCCUCGCUUCAAGAUCGGAUCUUUUGCUCUUGUUCCCGUCAAAAAUGGGUUCUUUCGAUACCACGAUUCUCGGAGAGAACGAGUCGUUCUUCAAACUCCUGACUCAGUACAAAUCGAGCAACAAUUCCCACUCCUCCGCGAGUUUCGACGUGACCCAUUUCAUGAAAUUGAGUAAAAAGGAGAGAGAAAGCGGAGAGCCAAUCUGGGGUCGAAGAAUUCGAAGCAAUUCCAGCGAAGAAGACGCGACUGAGUCAACUCGUCCGAGUUACGGCUCGGUGCUGGGUUUCGACGUGGAGGAACUCGACCCGGAGAAUUCUCUCUCCGGGUUCUUGGACCACGUUCCGAUGAGUUUGCGGAGAUGGGCUUGUUACCCGAUGCUAUUGGGUCGUGUCCGAAGAAACUUCAAGCACGUAAUGUUAGUUGACGUGAAGGAGUACUUGCUACUCGGUGAUCCACUCGGCCGAGUCAGGAGUCAAAGCCCCGAGUCGGUUCUACUGACUCAAUCAGUAUCCGGCAAGCAUGGGAGGAGAACUCAGGCGACCCGGCAGAAAACGGUCAACCCGGGUAUUGUAAUGGGCGGGUCGAGAGGGGUCCGCAGAUUGUCAAACGCAAUGCUGACCGAUAUUGUCAGAGCGUCCAUGCAACACAGGAAGAAGAACUCGAUUACCGAGUCGGGUCUUUUUACUCAACUCGUUGGGAACGAGUUUGUGCUGAAGAAUGUGAACGUGGUUGUGUCUACUGAGUCGGUGCCCGAUCUGAGUUCACUCAGUGGGUCGAACUCGAAAUCGGGCUUUCUUGCGAAGAAUAAUGCCUUGAUUAGACGAGGUAAUAGUAAUUUGGAUGCUAAUUCUGUUGUAAUGAAGCAUAUUUGCUCGUUUCCAAUAGAUUCCACAGUUUAUAGUGAUUGUUAAUUAGUUGUGGAUUGUUUAAUUAUAUCCUUAAAAUGGAUAUUAUAGAUUCUUUUUCUUGGGUUUUUAUUUAUAGUUUAUAGAAUUUGUUCAUAACACAUUUGUAAUAAAUUUUUAUAUAAAAAAAAAAAAAGAAUUAAGUUUUGAUUA